CUUUAAACCUUUAUGUUUUUAAAUCCUGCGUACGCCUGGGCUCCUCAUACAAAAGUGCGUUUUGCUUGUUUCUUCUCGUCUUCUCCAGUCUGAAGCCUUAUGUAGGUCAGGCUUGGCUUAAGCAGAUUUCCUGAACCUGCGUCAGCUUAAGCUGAAGGAAUUUUAAUAAACCCUCCCUUGUAGGCGUGGGCCUAAAUGAGACUAGCCUAGUUAAGCCUGAUCUUUUUCUGUUUGUGAAAAAGAGCUGAGCAGAGCUAGGGACUGCAUGGUGGCUUCAGGAACUGCCUCCUUAAUUCAAAGAUAACAAUGGUUGGGAAGGCCAGAUCUUCUAAUUUUACCUUAUCUGAAAAGCUCGAUUUGCUAAAACUCGUGAAGCCGUAUGUACAAAUUCUUGAGGAACAUACCAAUAAGCAUUCUGUAAUAGUGGAAAAAAACAAAUGCUGGGAUAUCAUAGCUGAUAACUACAAUGCCAUCGGAGUAGAUCGCCCUCCUCGCACUGCACAGGGCCUGCGCACGCUGUACAAGAGGCUCAAAGAAUAUGCCAAACAGGAGCUAUUGCAGCAAAAGGAGACUUAUUCAGACUGUAAAAGCAGCAUUUCCGAGCCAACCAAGAAAGUUGUGGAGAUGAUUCCACAGAUUUCCAAUGUGUGUUUAAGAGACAGGAGCAUUUCACAAAGUGCUGUUAUCAGUAAAGAAACAAUUGCUGGUACCAGUUCACCACAGGCAGUGUUGGAUCACCAUCCUGCGACAGUCAUGAUGGAGUUGCAAUUGGAAGAGGAUGUCAAACCUCCUCCCUCUUUGGUUAUAGAUUCACAGCAAAGUGAGACCUUAGGACAAGAGGAAGAACACCAAUUGGUGCAUGUUAUGGAAAGGUCUCCUUCAACAUCGGUAUCUUCAGUUGAUAUGAGAGUGAUGAUGUCUCCCUCUCCUAUUCCAAGAAGAGAUGAGCUUUUUAGGCUUGAGGUUGGAGAACGCUUUAGACCAAUGUGUGGGUAUGACCCACAGAUGUUGCAAAUGCUGAAAGAAGAGCAUCAAAUAAUAUUAGAAAAUCAAAGAAGAAUUGGGCUUUAUGUCCAAGAAAAAAGGGAUGGUUUGAAAAGAAAGCAGCAGCUGGAAGAGGAACUGUUGCGAGCGAAAAUCAAAGUAGAGAAGCUGAAGGCAAUACAACUACGGUGUGGUCUGCCAGAAUACAGCAAUAUCUAAAUAUUUUACUACUUCUGACAUAUUCUUUGAAAUACUUAAUAAUAAAUGCUUUUGCCCUAGGAAAAUUCUUAUGUUAAAGAAGAAUUGUUUCUUAUGUCAAAAUCUGGUCUUGAGAGAUGAAAGUGUAUUUUCCAUUUUGUUGUUUAUUUACCAUAAUAAAAAUAUCUUGUAUAGGUUUGAAUCUGCUGACUCUUCCGAAGUAUAAUCAAAUCCUGUAGCUCUAAGUGUUUAGGAUGAUAAAAAUCCCAAUGUUUUGAAUAUUUUCACUUAUCUGUAGUAGAGUUAUAAUGAGCUAAUGGAAAUUUAGCACAGCUCUUCUUAAAAAUUUUGAUCACAUACAUAAUUUUUUUCAAAUAAAUACCUAUCCUCUAAUGAUCUUUAUGAAGUUACAGGUUAAUAAAUAUAUAUUAAAAAGGA